GUCCGGAUUGGGGGGUGGGGGGGUUGUUGAGCUCUAGGACUUGCUACUGAGCUCCCACUUGCAGCACGCCAAUUCUCCAGGCUCCCCUUUUCUACCUCCUCCGGGCAGGCCAAAGAGUGAAAUCAUGGAGUCCCCCAAGACCUUUAUGAGAAUCCCGCCCAUCACACCAGGCUACAGUGGCUUUGUGCCGUACCUUAGUUGCCAGGAAAGCAACAAGGAGGACAACAUAACCGACUGCCUGGAAAACUUCCAGAAGAAAACACAGCGGUAUAAAGACUGGCUGGAGGAACUUCACUACUCCGUGGCCACAGCCCCGAAACUGAAGCCUGUGUGCUCUGAGGAGGUGCUUCUGAGGACCCUGCACCAGUACUACCGGCAGUACCACCCCCUGAGCCUAGAAUGCAAGAAGCUAAAGAAGCCUUUGCAUGAGCCCCCGAUUCCGGGUUGGUCUGGCUACCUGCCGAGAGCCAGGGUCACGGAACUGGGCUGUUCCACACGCUACACGGUAAUGGCCAGGGACUGCUAUGAGGACUUCCUGGGUUUGAUGGAGCAGGCCAAGAGAGCUCACCUGAAGCCCUAUGCGGAAAUAUAUGGAGUCAAAUCCACACAGCCUCCUCCUGAUCCUUCCCCAAGAUUUUCACAGAACCAAGUACAACUGCCAAAAUAUCCCAACUACUCUCUACCAGAUAUUUGCUGCCCUGCACUAGCAAGACCCCUGAAAGAGUACCCCACUCUCCCGGGGACAUGUGACUAUGCUCAGAGGCCAAAUGCAGCAUCCAACAGGAGGAUUUACUUAGAGCCACUGUGCUCAGCAAAGAAUAGAGACGAAUAGAAGUGUGGAUCCUCCCUAAGGGAAGUGAACUUGAACUGGGACUCUGAAUUCCUCCAUGUUCAGCCCCUCACUGCACCCCAAAUGGAUGGAAAGAGAUUUCAUAACCUAAGAAUCCUUUUAACUGGUACCAGAUGGGCAACACAUUUUAUUAAUGGUGCUGACCUUUUGUUUGUCAUGUGGAAAUAAAGAGAAUUCUUCUGAACUAAA